AUGUCAGCGCCUGCGGUAACGCUGCUGCUGCUGCUGAGCGGGUCCGUGGCCCCGGGACUCUCCGGUCCCGGUCCCGGUCCCGACUCCGAGCCCGGCCGGCUGCAGCUGCGGCGCGUGCGCGGCCUCGCGGCUCAUCCCCGCUACGGGGAGUGCUGGUCGCGCGCUCUGCAGAUGCUGGACACGCGCUGCAGGGACAUGACGUCAGAGGUCCAGGGUCAGCUGGCGCUGCGCUUCACCCACUGUCACCUGGAGAGCUCAGGCAGGGAUUUCCCAUCAUGCCCUGAGGGCUCAGAGGUCAGCAGGUGUACAGCUGGGAUGGACGCCGUGGCCUUCAACACCUAUACCGAGUUCUUCACCCACACCCACUCCAUGUGCCAGUUCCUGCAGUCGGAGGCCUGGCAGAGCCGAGCAGAGACCACCAUGUUCAGGCUAACGGAGACCUCGGCAGGUGUUGCAGAGGAGCUGCAGUCCACCAGAGAGAUGGCCAAAGACCUGAUGGAGGCCCAGAUUGCUGCUUUAGAGGCACAAAAGGAAAUCCUGUCCAACGGAGAAGAGCUAAGAGAAGCCCUGAGAGACUCUACGCAGGGUCUGCAGUCAGUGUUCUCAGACCUCAGCAGUGUCUCCAGGGAGCAGCAGGUGGCGCUGUCUGAGAUCUUCAACAGAGUGGCAUUCCUGCAAAGCUUCCUGUUGAUGGAGGCUCACAGUGUGAGCUCCUGCUGUUACAAUGCUGCUGCGCUUUGCACCUCCUUCCUCAUCACCUCCACUCCACGCUCCUCCAGAGCCAGGUUGGUGUUGUUGGCUCUGGUGUGUUUGAACUUCUACCUGGAGAGGAAGAUCUACCAAUUUGUGAUGAACUCAGAUCAUCCUGAACACUUGCAUCUGGAGCUGCUCUCCGUCUAUGUGGGGAGGUUGCGACGGUUCAUGGUGUGUGUGGGGGUGUGUGUUCUCCUGCUGGUGUGUGUUCGCUACAGAGACCCGGUACAGCAGAGUCUGCAGGUACUGCAGCAGCUCAAAGAGACACAGCGAAGCCUGCAGGAGGCGCUGCAGCGUGCAGAGAGUCUGUGGGAGAAGCCACGGAAAGAGGAGGAAGAGGAUCCACGGCUUCAUGUGAAGAGGAGGCUACAGAGCAGAAAGGAGGAGGAAGAGGAGGAGGAAAAGGAGGAGGACAAGGAGGAGCACUGCGAGUCACCAUCUUCAACAUCAGACGUGUCUCACAUUCAACAUUUUGUCAAGGAGCAGCCACGACCACCCGAAUGCACCGGCAUGCACAUUUCCCAAAAUGCAUCAGUGCAGAAUGCCAGCAGGCGUCGCCCCCGCUCCUCCCCCACCUCCCCCCUCGUCUACAGCAUCCUGGUGGAGGACAAACAGCCUCGGUACAGCCUGAGAAGCAGACGGUCGGACGCCCGCUUAGGGACAUCGCCCUCGCAGAAAAUUUAGCGUCCGCCGCCUUCUGCUGCCGGGAACUCGAUUUUAUUCCAAACUGUCUUAAAGUCAAUAAAGUGUUUUUAGAUUGAAGCAUGUUGAGAGACAGUGUUGUGCAUGAACGAGUUCAAAUGAACACGUUCAUUGAACACGUUCAUUUCUGUGAGAACGUUGAACUGAACGCAACAUAUUUACAAAUAAAGAACUUGAACUUGUUCAUUCUGCAGAUCACGAACUGGAAUUUGAACUGUUCAGAUUAUGUGAAUUUUAGCUUCACUGUUUAGGUCCAAUUAUUACCGAAUACAAUUCAACAGCGGGCGGCGCGCACAUUUAAAAUACUCGACGAGGCGAUGACUUCACACUACAUUACCCACAAUGCAGCGCACACACUAGCAUAGCAACGGGCACAAGCUCCAUGGCAACGGCGGCCCAAGCCCGGUGCAGACUUUACAUGACCAGUGAAGAGAGAGACGCAGCGUCAGCGAGCCGUCAGAUGAUGAUCCGCUUAUCAUUAUCUGCAGGAAUUUUACACAUUGUCUCCCAAAGAGUCCGAUGGUAAAAAAAUCUAACCUUUCUGUGCAAAUGAUGUCCCCCUGCGCUGAGAAAACAAGUCUGAGCGUCUGCCUCUUCAACUUCACAUUUGAAACGUCAUGUGGAGUUAAAGCAUCUGUCCAGUGUGAGAAAAUAUCUGCAAGUCCUUGACAAUCAUAAAAAGUCAUCAGGAAAGACUAAGAAGACCCAACAGUCCCAAACGACCUCAGUCACACCGCUGCACCUUCAGUGGUUUGAUCUCCCAGCAACAGGUAGACACACUGAUAAUGGACUACAUUGUUGGAGAUUUACAGCCUCUGAGUAAAGUUGAAAAGCCACUAGGACAAUAUAGGAUUGUAUACAGUGAACAGUUUUAGGAUAGGGUGGCGUUUCAUUCGUACUUCUCACCUAAAAAUAUUGAAAUGAACUGAAUUUGAACCAAUUCAAAAUGAAAAUGGUGAACUAUGAACAUGAACUGUUCAUUUUUAAACUAUGUGAACUGAACUUUGAACUAGUUCACGAGAAGUAUGAACUUGCA